CAGUAAAGAUGAAAGUGCUAAUCAUUUUGGCUGCAUGCCUUAUUGGCAGCGCAAUCGCGUCCACCAACCAAGUUGAUUGGUCUAAAGUGGCCUCGUUGGAUGUACAUCCACAAAUACCAUUAAAUCCCCGUAUGCCUAUCAACGGUAACACAGGACGUAUUACCAAUGGCAAUUUGGCGGAACCUAUGCAAUUCCCCUAUCAAGUUGGUUUAUUGUUGUACUUUGCCGCAGGUUCUGCUUGGUGCGGCGGUAGCUUGAUCUCUGAUCGUUGGGUGGUUACAGCUGCCCAUUGCACAGACGGGGCAACUGGCGUUGACGUAUAUUUGGGCGCUUGGAAUCGCACUGAUAAAACAGAAAAUAACCAACAAAUUGUUUACGUAUCUGCGAAGAAUAUAGUCAUUCAUGAAGAUUGGGAUUCUAGUCUUCUUUUGAACGACAUUUCCCUUAUUAAAUUUCCAGUUUCUAUUGAAUUUAACGAAUACAUCCAACCAGUUGCUUUGCCUAAAAUAUCAUCCUCAUACUCGACCUACGAAGGCGAACAAGUGAUUGCCUCUGGAUGGGGAAAGAUUAGCGACAGUGCCACAAGUGCCACCGAUGUAUUGCGCUGGGUUGAGGUACCCAUUAUGUCCAAUACUGUAUGCAACAGGUGGUUCCUCGGCGCAGUUUACUCAACGCAUAUCUGCAUUAAGACUACUGGUGGCACUUCCACUUGCAAUGGUGACUCCGGCGGUCCAUUGGUAUACAACGAUGGUGAAGAGACUGUGUUGAUUGGAGCCACUUCUUUUGGCAUUGCCCUUGGAUGUGAAGUUGGCUGGCCAGGUGUAUUUACUCGCAUCACUUCAUACUUGGAUUGGAUUGAAUCCAAUUCUGGUGUUGUAAAUAAAUUGUUUCCAUUUGAUCCAUUACAACGCAAGAUGAAGAUCCUCAUCGUUUUCGUACUAGCUUUGGCUAGCGCUUUAGCUUACAGCGUUCCCGACCAACCUGGUUUCAUUGAGGACUUACCAUCAUCCCCAGUGUUAUCCGGACGCAUAACUAAUGGUAUCCAAGCAUCGUCUGGUCAAUUCCCUUACCAGGCUGGUUUGUCUCUGACUAGAAGCAAUGGUAACUUUUGGUGCGGCGGUUCGCUGAUUGGUUCCACGUGGAUUUUAACUGCAGCUCACUGUACUAACAAAGUUACCAAGGUGACUGUAUACUUGGGCAGCACUAGACGCACAUCUUCUAAGGCCUCAUAUACCGUAACCUCAAGCUCUAUUUAUCAGCACACUGGCUAUGUUGAAAGAACUCUCGCCAAUGACAUAUCAUUAAUUAAGAUUCCAGCCGUGUCUUAUAGCAGCGAAAUUUCAGCCAUUAAGUUGCCUUCCAUUUCUUCUUCGUACUCCAGUUAUGCUGGCAGUUAUGGUAUUAUAUCUGGUUGGGGACGCAUUAGUGACACAUCGUCAGUUGCAUCAAAUUUGAAUUAUGCGCGUCUCCCCAUCAUUACUAACUCGGUUUGCGCUUCCACCUACGGCACCAGCACUGUGACCAGUAAUACCAUUUGUGUAGCUACCCCUAAUGGUGUUUCCACCUGUCAAGGUGACUCUGGCGGUCCAUUGGCUCUGGAAUCGAAUGGUGUUCUUGUAGGUGUUACUUCAUUCGUAUCGAAGAACGGCUGUGCCUCCGGUGCUCCAGCUGGAUUCGUGCGCGUCACCAGCUACUUGAACUGGAUUAAAGAGAAAACUGGCAUUUACUAUUGAUGUGUAAAGUACUUUGUUGAAAAUCUGGAAUUUUUGAAAAUAUGACAGUUGUCUUAUCAAAAAAUUUGACGAUAAUCCAACAAGAUGGCCUAACA